AUGGGAAAGAAGAAGAGGACGCAGGUUUUUGUACUCAAGCCGUGGUGCUGGUACUGCGAGCGCGAGUUUGAGGAUGACAAGGUUCUGCUGCAACACCAGAAGUCGAAGCACUUCAAAUGUCAGCUGUGCCCCCGCAAGCUCAAUACGGCCGGAGGUCUUAUGGUCCACUCGCAGCAGGUGCACAAGUCCGAGCCCGAACCGCUUACCAACACCCUUCCCGGGCGUGAUGGGUACGACAUCGAGAUCUUCGGGAUGGAGGGUGUGCCGACGAAUGCGCUGGCCGAGUGGAAGGCGCGCAAAGAGCAGGAGGCUGGUGCUGCGGCUCUGGUUCAGCAGGCGGAGCGCAAGCGUCCCAGGCACCAAUACACUGUCAUCCCCGAGGCGGACCUGAUGGCGGCGCUUGCGCAACACAAGGCGCUCAUGGCUGCGCGUCGCUUGGCCAACAAGAAUGCCGGCGCGCCUCCUCCUGUCGUUCCCCCUCCAUUUCCCCCUCCCGGCAUGCCAACUUUCCCCCACGGAGCUCCACCCCCCUUCCCGGGACGCCCACCAUUUAUGUCCGGCGCACCACCACCGUUUCCGCCUCCCGGUGUGGGUAUGCCUCCAGGAGGACCAAUCCCGCCGUUCCCUCCCCGACACACUGGAGCACCACCACCAACCUUUGUUCCCCAGACCCAGUCCGCCCAGCCGACGACCGUCACACCAAAAGACGGCGUGUUCUGGCCAGACAACGACCACACUCCGGCCGAGCUGCGUGCGCAGCUCCCGAAGUACAGGUAUACGGAGGGCGAGACGGGACAGAAGCGCAAGGCGGCGGCCGACUUCCUGUAG